GUCCCAAAGAGCACGUUUCUUUGCAUGUCAAAAAAACAGGAAGUAGGCAGAGGAGUUUUAUGGACUGGUAGCUAUAGCUGUCAACUAAAAUUCAGGAGGAGUUAGCUAAUGGUUAAAGGAUUUAGCACCGGAGAGGUGACAGUUCUGAAACAGCACCAACCGACAUGAGUGGCAAAAAAGAAGUCAGUUUUGAUCCAAAAGAGCACCAGCAUCUGCGUUAUAACCCUUUGCGGGACACCUGGGUCCUGGUGUCGGCCCACCGCAUGAAGAGACCCUGGGCAGGUCAGGUAGAAAAACCUCCUGAGGAACACACACCCAGAUAUGACCCCCGCAACCCACUCUGUCCCGGAAACACACGUGCAAAUGGAGAGGUAAAUUCAGACUAUGACAGCACUUUUCUUUUUGAAAAUGAUUUCCCUGCUCUUCAGCCAGAUGCUCCAGAUCCUGGUUCAGAUCAACAUCCACUGUUUCAGUCUAAAGUAGCCAGGGGCGUCUGUAAGGUCAUGUGUUUCCAUCCCUGGUCUGAUGUUACCCUUUCUCUCAUGAAAAAACAAGAGGUUGUCAAGGUGAUUGACAAGUGGGCAGAGCUUAUUGAAGAACUAGGCACCACUUACCUCUGGGUUCAGAUCUUUGAGAAUAAAGGAGCUAUGAUGGGCUGUUCAAAUCCACAUCCUCACUGUCAGGUGUGGGCCAGCAACUUCCUGCCUAAUGAGCCGGCUCUGUCAGACCGCUGUCAGAGAGCCUACUAUCAGAAACAUGGAGAACCGCUGCUGCUGCAAUACGCCAAACAAGAGGCUGAGAAAAAGGAGCGUGUGGUGGUGGAGACUUCUGAUUGGCUGGCAGUGGUUCCAUAUUGGGCAACGUGGCCCUACCAGACGCUGUUGUUGCCACGACGACAUGUCCUUAGGAUCAAUGACCUGACAACAGAGGAGAGAGAGGGUCUGGCUGACAUUAUGAAGCAACUGCUGACCAAGUAUGACAAUCUGUUUGAAAUCUCUUUCCCCUACUCCAUGGGCUGGCACGGAGCCCCGACUGGCCCCCAUUUGAACAAAGACAACUCUCAUUGGCAGCUGCAUGCUCACUACUACCCUCCUCUGCUGCGUUCAGCUACAGUUAAGAAGUUUAUGGUGGGGUAUGAGAUGCUUGCCCAGGACCAAAGGGACCUCACCCCUGAACAGGCUGCUGAGAAGCUACGGAAUCUACCAGAGGAACACUAUAAAACCAGAGAGAACCUGGAAAAAGGAGGAGGAAAAGAGAAAGAUGGAGAAAAGUGAUAUGACCUGUGUGAUGGUUAGAAGAGAGGGGACAAAUACAGCUUCAUUUAAACCCCAUAUACCUUUUGGAUAUAUAGCCAUGAUAAUGUAUGGCUUUUGUUUUGGAAGUACUGUAAAAAAAUAACAUUUAAUCUUCAUGAUAUGUAACUUCUCUGAAGUGGUGCAACAUGUUAAAGUGCCUUUGCGAACACAGGGCUUGAAGAUAUUCUUAUUUGCACAAUACACAGUAUACAGUAUGUAUAUAUUUUCAAUACAUUCUUCUUGUACACAAAGCUGGUACUGGGCUUCUUACUAUAAUUACCAAAUAGACUUCAAAUUAAAUGUGCUAUGAAACACCUCAUCCAUGUUUAAGUGAGAUAAUGAGAGAACAUUGUUCUUUUUUCCCUCGCUGUCCCUUCUGUUGAAGUUAAACAAACAUUUUUUGUUGUUUUGUUAUGUUGAAAGCCUAACAACAAGGCUUAUUCUUUUCCAACACAAUGAGUUAUUUGUGAUUCAGAUGAAUACCUUUGUUUCUUGAGAAUGUUUUUACAUGGAAAAUAAUUCUUUAAGUAGUUAACAGUUUGACAGCUUUCAGCCUUAAAGGGUGUGACAGUGUAAUGCUUAAUUGUAUAGAUAAAACAAAUGAUUUAAC